AUGCGAUACCCAUUCAUACCUAACUCCGACCAGGCAUGUGACUUGUGUCGAGUAAAGAAGCUGAAAUGUUCCAAAGAAAAGCCCAAAUGUGCCAAAUGUUUAAAAAAUAACUGGGAAUGUUGUUAUUCUCCAAAGACGAGACGGUCGCCCUUGACGAGGGCCCAUUUGACUAAAGUGGAAGAUAGAUUGACCAAAUUGGAAUUCUUAUUUAACGAACUAUUUACGAAACGUGAAAUGGAUGGUGACGCUAAAUAUAGUGUCAAUAAAUCUAUAAAGGAGGGUGAAGAUGACGAAGAUGAGAACGAUAAUGAUAAUGAUAAUGACUUGCUGGACCAGAUUUUGAAAAUGGAGUCCAUAGAUGAAAUGAGGAGUGCUUUGCAAGGCGUGAUUUCGCCGCUUACUACUAUAUCUACAGAUCUUCCUGCUCCCUCUGCCCCAUCUGCUCCACUACCACAACAACAACAACACCUGCAAACUGUAGAUCGGAAGCAAAAUAUGAGCAUCAGAGAGCUGCCCACAGUGGAUGAAACGAUACCUUUGAAUUCAAUGCCUCAGGAUCCGCUUUAUGGCUUUGACUGGUCUGAGGAUGAUGUAGAGCGAGUCUCCAGAACAGAUGGAAUGGCAUUCCUAAAUACAAAUCCAAAUAACAAUGGAUUUUAUGGUAAUGGUUCCGCCAUCUCCAUAUUGAGAUCCAUCGGUUUCAAUGGUGAUUAUUUUAAUUCAUCGGUUACAACAAAGGAGAUUGCAUCACCAUCUCUUGUGACAGAUAAAUACUCAUUAAGUUCCAGAGCCACCACUUCACGAUUCAUUGACAGUUAUUUCCAAAAUUUCCAUCCAUUUUUCCCCCUAUUGCAUUCAGAGACUCUAUUAAUGCUAUAUAAUAAUCAAAUUAAUUCUGUGGCGAAGGACCAAUGGCAAAUCCUUUUCAACACUGUAUUAGCCAUAGGUGCCUGGUGCUUGGAAGGUGAUUCCACGGAUAUCGAUUUAUUUUAUUAUCAAAAUGCCAAAUCUCAUUUAACCGGUGCCAAGAUUUUUGAAACAGGUUCAGUUACCCUGGUAAUUGCAUUGCAUCUAUUAUCUCAAUAUACUCAAUGGAGGCAGAAACCAAAUACAAGUUUUAAUUUCCAUGGUCAUUCCAUUAGGAUGGCAAUAUCAUUAGGUUUACAUAAGGAACUACCACUAAACUUUAAAGAUAAUUCAGUCAAGGAACAAAGAAGAAGAAUUUGGUGGUAUAUUUACUCCCAAGAAUUUCAUUUAGCUCUAUCCUAUGGAAGGCCUUUACAAUUCUUGAUGGAUCUUAACGAAAUUACCAUUGCAUUGCCAUCCACUUUGGAUCGUUCAGAUAAUCUAGUGACAGACAAGCCAACCUACUAUAAUGGAUUAAUUAGUUCCAUGAAAACUUAUCUCUUAUUUACCAAGAAAUGGAAUCAUUGUAUUAGUAACGCUAUUAACGAUUCAGUUGCAGUUAAGAGGUGUUACCAACUAUGUGAAGAUUUAGAGAAAUCGUAUAAUGACAAUUUGCCAUCUUUCUUGAGAACUAACAUUAAAGAUGAACCAUUAUCCAGUCUGAAACCAAACAAAUUCCCCGAUGAUAAUCCAUGGCUAGCGUUUACCAAAUACUUGUUACUUUGGAGACAAUAUUCAUUAACGAUCUACAUCAUGAGAAGAUUAUUUUUAAGGUUGAACAAUAGUACUUUAGAUGCUAAUUCUAAUUCCACUAGCAUCACGGCGACAACUGUCUCAGAGGAAGCAUUGGAAAAAUGUAAGAAAUUAUUGAAUGAAACCGCUCAAAGUGUAAUUAUGUCAGUGACCAACUUCAUUAAUAACUAUCCUCUAACUCCAUUUUCAGCAUGGUAUAGUUUAUUCUUUAUAUUUAAUGCUGCGCUGAUACCCAUCGCAAAUUUAAUUUCAUCUGAUAUUUCCACUUCAUCGAAAAAAUCCAAAUCUCAACUGUGGAUCCAGCAAUUACAAAACGUCUUGACAGUCUUGCGAGAUUUGAGGAGUUAUAACAUUCCAAAUUGUAAUAAAUAUAUUCAAGUCAUUGAGCAAAUAUGCAACUCAUAUUCUCCAAUUGUAUCUCCAAUGAAUUCAACAAUCCCAACAAAUAUCUCAAGAGAAAGACAACAAACUAUUGAUAAUGUUCUAGGUACAGAAACCAUUGCGUUACAAUCAAGACCAAAUAACGAAACAAGUAAUAAUAACAGUAGACUCGUUGCAAUGACCCCAACUACGACAUCACCACUACCGAUGAAGACAGCGGCAAGUUUCACCGAUCUAAUGAAACUACUAUCAAAUAGACCACCUGUGGCACCAACGAAUCCUAUGAUCAAAUUUCCACAAUCAUCAGCGACAAAUAAUUCAAGCCUCAUGAGCAACCCUAACAAUAAUGGAAACUCCUUGGUGGGUUCUCCAACAUUUAUCAAUAGGGCAGUUACUCCUAUACAAUUUCCAUACCCCUUCCAACCACAAAGUCCAAUAGUGCCCCUAACGCCAUCAAUAAUAUUCAAUGCACCAAUUCCUCCAUCAGAUGCUAAUUCUCCUAACCAUGCAAAUAAUGCAAUAAUGGAUAUCAACAAUCAGCAGCAGCAGCAGCAGCAGCAACAGCAACAGCAAAUGGCCACGACGGACCCCAAUAAGACGUUAUUCCCCUCAUGGAACGACCAAACUGCAUAUAAUGCAUUUGGUAUGACGUCCGGGAUGUUUAAUACGACAACCAUGGAUGAUGUUUAUAGUUAUUUGUUUGACACUGAUGAAUUGACACCACCUAACGUUAAUCUUAAUUCCGACCCUAACAGUCACAGCAAAUGA